CCCAAGCCAGAGAUCUGUCACAACUCGAGAGGUGGAAAUUCUGGUUUCCCUGCUCCACUGCUUUCAGUGCUGGCUUUUGCACUAUGGGCACCUGGAGGACUGUGCUCCCAGCCCAGCCGGGCUAAGCAUCUCAAACCCUGCCUGCUGGGCCAGGGAGCCCCCUCCUUCUUUCUCCUGGAUGGCAUUCCCACUCGCCUGAGAGCCUGGACACCGGAGUUCUGUACUGUGGCUGGCUCAAGGAGCCGUCUGGUGCUAGCCCCUGGCUGAGCAUGGCCCUCCCAGCCCUGGGCCCGGACCUCUGGAGCCUCCUGGGCCUCUUCCUCUUCCAAAUGCUGCUGCUGCUGCCGCCGCCAGCCUCAGGGAGUGGUGGGCAGGGGCUUGUGCCCAGGGUCAGAUACUGUGCAGGGGACGGGCGCAGGGCACUUAGCCUCUUCCACCAGAAGGGACUCCGAGAUUUUGACACUCUGCUCCUGAGUGGUGAUGGAGACACUCUCUAUGUCGGGGCUCGAGAGACCAUUCUGGCCUUGAAUAUCCAGGAUCCAGGGGUCCCAAGGCUCCAGAGCAUGAUACCUUGGCCAGCCAAUGACGGGAAAAAGGAUGAAUGUGCCUUUAAGAGAAAGAGUAAUGAGACACAGUGUUUCAACUUCAUCCGUGUCCUGGUCCCUUUCAACGCCACCCAUCUCUACGCCUGCGGCACCUUCGCCUUCAGUCCUGCUUGUACCUUCAUUGAACUCCGAGAUUCUUCUCUGGUGCCCAUCUUGGAGGACAAGAUCAUGGAUGGGAAGGGCCAAAGCCCCUUCGACCCAGCCCACAAGCAUACGGCCGUUUUGGUGGAUGGGAUGCUCUAUUCUGGCACCAUGAACAACUUCCUGGGCAGCGAGCCCAUCCUGAUACGCACGCUGGGGUCCCAGCCUGUCCUCAAGACGGACACCUUCCUUCGCUGGUUGCAACCGGACGCCUCCUUCGUGGCAGCCAUCCCUUCGACCCAGGUUGUCUACUUCUUCUUCGAGGAGACAGCCAUAGAGUAUGACUUCUUCGAGAAGCUCCACACAUCCCGGGUGGCCCGAGUCUGCAAGAACGACGUGGGCGGCGAGAAGCUGCUGCAGAAGAAGUGGACCACCUUCCUGAAGGCCCAGCUCCUCUGCGCCCAGCCCGGGCAGCUGCCUUUCAACGUCAUCCGCCACGCGGUCCUCCUACCCGCUGAUCCCCGCGACGUGGCCCGCAUCUACGCAGUCUUCACUUCCCAGUGGCAGAUCGGCAGGACCAGGAGCUCCGCCGUCUGUGCCUUCUCUCUCACAGACAUAGAGCGUGUCUUUGAGGGGAAGUACAAGGAGCUGAACAAAGAGACUUCACGCUGGACCACUUACAGGGGCCCUGAGACCAACCCCCGGCCAGGCAACUGCUUGGUGGGCCCUUCCUCUGAUAAAGCCUUGACCUUCAUGAAGGACCAUUUCCUGAUGGAUGAGCAGGUGGUGGGGACGCCUCUGCUGGUGAAGUCUGGUGUGGAGUACACACGGAUUGCGGUGGAGACAGCCCGGGACCUUGAUGGGCACAGCCACCUGGUCAUGUACCUGGGCACCACCACAGGGUUCCUCCACAAGGCCGUGGUAAGUAAGAACAGCAGUGCUCAUCUGGUGGAGGAGAUCCAGCUGGUCCCUGACCCUGAACCUGUGCGCAACCUGCAGCUGGCCCCUAACCAGGGAGCAGUGUUUGCAGGCUUCUCAGGAGGCGUCUGGAGGGUGCCCCGAGCCAACUGUAGUGUCUACGAGAGCUGUGUGGACUGUGUCCUCGCCCGGGAUCCCCACUGCGUCUGGGACCCCGAGUCCCGAACCUGCCGCCUCCUGUCUGCCCCCAUCCUGAACUCCUGGAAGCAGGACAUGGAGCGAGGGAACCCACGGUGGGCGUGUGCCAACGGCCCCAUAGGCAGGAGCCACCAGCCUCAGAGCCUUCCCCAAAUCAUUAAAGUAGUCCUGGCUGCCCCCAACUCCAUCCUGGAGCUCCGCUGCCCCCACCUCUCAGCCCUGGCCUCUUACUGCUGGAGCCACGGGGAGGCAGCCGCCAUUCCUGAAUCUUCCACAGUCUACAAUGGCUCCCUCUUGCUGCUCCUGCAGGAUGGGGUGUGGGGCCUCUACCAGUGCUGGGCCACCGAGAAUGACUUCUCCUACCCUGUGGUCUCCUACUGGGUGGGCAACAAGGACCAGCCCCUGGCCCUGGACCCUAAACUUGAGGGCAUUCCUCAGGAGCGCGUGGAGGCCCCGCUGACCAGGGUCGGUGGUGGGGCAGCCCUGGCUGCCCAACGGUCCUACUGGCCCCACUUCCUCACCGUCACAGUGCUCCUUGCCUUAGUGCUUUCGGGAGCCCUCAUCCUCCUCCUCGCCUCCCCGCUGGGGGCACUCCGAGCCCGGGGCAAGGUCCAGGGUUGUGGGAGCCUGGUGCCCGGGGAGAAGGCCCCACUGAGCAGGGAGCAGCCCCUUAAGCCCUCCAAGGAACACAGGACCCCAGCCACUGACUUGGACGCUGACAACAACCACAUGGGUACUGAGGUGGCUUAAACUCUGUGGACACAGGCUGGGGCUAUUGGGCAGGGCACGGUGCCUGUCCACGCUGGCAGUGCAGCCCUGACCAGGGUGGGAGUAGCAAAAAAAAGACCACCUUCCUCCUGUGCGAGGAGCUUCUGUUGCCACUUGGCACCACCAAGAGCAUGCAGCAGGCCCAGACCUGGACCCAGGCUAUCACAGGAGGACCCAGAGAAGACCUUCAGUUCUGAUCAUUCUGGCAACCUUCCAGAAACAUGUUGCUCCAGGAGACCCUAAAAAACCCGACUGUUCCAGGACCCUGUAGUAAUAAACACCAACUUGGAGACCCCACUCUGAAAGCAGCUUUGGACACCAACACUCCUCUCUCCCAGGGGUCUCCAGGGUUCUGUAGGGAACCAUGCAUUGCUGAUUCCCAGGAAUUCUUUCCUGAAGUCUGACCACAUUCCUUCUUGCUUUAGUUGGGGCAGAGUUUGACUCCUUCUGCCCUGGCUAGAAUGACAGGGGUAAUCUGAGCCUUGUUCACUCCCCCUUCCCUGGCUGACCCCUUGACCUCUCCCCUCUUCUCCCUUUCCUUUGUUUGGGAUUCAGAAACUGCUUGUCACAGAUGGUUUAUUUUUUAUUAAAAGACAAAGCUUAUGA